GGCUCAGCCCCAACCAAACAAAGAGGGCAGGAGCUUUUCAAACAGGAGCCUCUCAAAAGUUGGCUGCUGCAGAGCUAGGCUCUGUUGGGACCCUUGCUCGCCCAGGCCGCUGAAGGACGCAGCAGCUGCAGGGAGUCGGUGCCUUCGCCUGGAAGGAUCCUGGCAGUCAUCUCUAGUCCCCUGGUAUAGGACAGUGCAGGCUACAAUCUCAAAGGGCAGGCUCUAAGGCACCGACUGUUUCCAAGGAGUAGCCUGCAAAGUUGGAGUCCCUGAUUCUGCUCGCUGCAAUGUUACAUGCCACCAAAGAGACCUGAAGCUCCAGGGGGGGAACCUGCUUUCUUCCCAGGACCUGCCAACCUUGCACAAUGAAGUUUUGCUGUUUCCUGGGACUUGCACCAAGCUCCCCAAGAUCCUGAGCAGAGCCUGCUACUACUCAGGAUCCUAGUGCGGCUGCUUGGCCAGAGCAGGCCACGUUUGCAUUGGGCAUGAACACAACCAACCACAGAAAUACAAAGUAGAGCUGGCCCAUGCACACAGCAGGAGUUGCAUUGCUCUGAGUUUUGAAACAAGAGGAGGCAACUACUUUUUGUGUAUCACCUAAGCCACCAUUGGACUUAAUAGCCAGCAAAUCAGCAAUUAGUGAGUUAGCCAUCCUGGUGCUUUGCACAUGCAUGAUAUUCUUUUCUUCAUCACAGCAAAAGGGGAAAAUCUGUCAUUGUUCACAUCUGAGAUAGUAAGUCUUUACCUGAAAUGAUGGGGCCUGGCUGCCUUGGCCAAUUGCUUUUCCAAAUGUUCUGUAGCCACCCAAGGAGCUUCUAACAACAGCGACUUCUAGGUGGCUCAAAAAUGUCUUUUGAGCGAAUUUGGAGUAUGUUUUCCUUGAGGUUUUAUUCUCCUCUUCCUCUAGCAACCCAUCUACUGUUUUCCAGUGAGGAAGCAAACCCCAGCUGUCUGAAGCCUUCUCCCUGCUCUGGCCCAGCUCUCCUUCUCUCCCCAUCACUGGUACACUGACAGCAGCAGGGAAUUGAUGUCUAGUUCAGGACAUCAGGUAGAACAGAGUUUAUUCCUGCCUUCGGUGUCCUUGCUGGACCAGGGGUCUUGGCUAGACCCUCUGUUCUGAAGAGGGUUCCCUCAUGAAGUUCCUGCUUGAGUGAGGGAUGUGUUUCUUGGCCAUCCCAAUUGCUUCCAGUCCCAGCUGAAAGCACCGCCUCCUUCCAUCUCCUCAACUUAGGAACCCCAUCUCUAGCAAAGCAUCAUCAUUGCUCAAAGUUUGGGAUGGUACUCUGUGGAGCCACAGCCACUGCAGGCAGCCAGGUGACAAAAAACUAGCAGAGUGGUAGCACAGCUUGCGAGGCUUGGUGUUGCCUUUGGGGUGUAGCCAUCCCCUGCAGCAGCUCUGCUCUUUGCUACCAGCCACGUGGCCUCUGCCACUGCUCCUAGGCGUGUUGAUAGGGGCUGUGCAGGAGAAGCACGCUCCGGCUAGCGGUACUGACUGGCCGGCAGGGAUGUAGCAGCCAGCUGCAGGACAGAAGGGUGUCAGGAAGGGUGCCAGGCUGCGCCAGCACCUCGGGGAGCAAUGGGCCGCUUGGAUGACCAUGCCAAGAAGAGGAUCGUGGAGUUGCGCAAAGCUGGGCUGAGCUUUCGCAAGAUCAAGAAAGUUUUAGAGCUGGACAACAUUCGGGUGACCCCCCAGGCGGUGUACCUCUUCCUCAAGCGGAAGAAUGUGGAGCCCUCCCAGGCGACAGGAGCCGCGCUGCCCCAGCCAACAGGUGACAGGGCGCAGCACAAGGCAGGUGCCGGCCAGGCAGGCUGGGAGGAUGAGCAGCUCUGGACCAUGCUCCAAGAAAAUGAGCCCGAGCAGAAUGAGCAGGAAGCGGUGGGUCCCAAGCUCCCUGUGCUGCCCAGUGGAGGGGCCGCAGGCAGCGAAGGGCCCUGCCUCAGCGACGGCCGAGACAGCAAGGAAGGCAUCAAGAUUGUCAGUGUGACCUCGCUCUGCAAGGAUGGCAGGCAGUUUGGGAAGCCUGUGCCCACGGGACUGCCUUCCGGGACCCAAGUGGCCCCUAGGAACAGUGAUGACUGCUCUGUGAACCGAUCGAGUACUCUGGGGAGCUGCCCGGCUCUCCUGCCCCCAGCCGUCCCCCAGCAGCCACUGCCCAAUCGAGGGAGGCUCUUUGUGCCCCCUGCCAGGAACCCAGCCCUGAUUGUAAAGAAGAAGAUUGUGGAUAGGGCUAUUCUCCUCCAGAAAAAGGUCAACAUUCAGAAUGGGCAGAGUCUGUCUGGCUCCACGACUGUCCUGCCUUUCCUGGUGGGAGUGCAGCCGGCCAGCCAGCCCCUGCAGGCAAACCCAGCUGUCCUGACCACUGCAGUGAGCCACAGUGCAAAUGUCAAAGAUGCCAGCACUCAGACUGCCCUGCUGAAUAUUGCAGGUCCUGGAAAUCAGAGCCUUGCAUGGGGGGGGCCAAUGCUUCCCCCUGCUCCCAGCUCCCAUGCCGUUGCUGAAAAGUUGGAUGCUGUACACACAGAGAUCCAGAAACUGAGUCAGGCGAUGCAUGCGGUCCUGGAGAGGCAAUGCUGCCUAGAGCGCCAGCAGGAGCAUCAGCAGCGACUCCAGCAGGAGGUGUUGAUGACGCUGCAGCAGCUCAGCUCCACAGUGAGCCAUGGGACUGUGCCAGGAAACCAGCCCUGUGUCCCCUUCAGCAGCAUGGCUGAGCCCUCGCCCACUGUGCCAAACUUCAGCCAGUUCAAGAUGGAACUAAUUUGACCUUGCAUGAUGCCAAAGUGCAGGGCUGGAGUGAGUGCAGGGAGGGAUGCCACUGCAGAAGGAUAAAAGGCAUGAAGAAAAGCAAGCUCUAAUGCUUCAGAAGCUGUGUCAGCUGCCUCAGGAUUAUGUCUGGCAUCUGGCAGAGGAAGGUCACUGCUGCAUUGUGUCUUGCUCUGCUUCAGCCUUGUCGACUAAAAGGAGCUGCGUGGCAUAAGAUAACAGGGCAAUAGAAAGCUGAAGCCUCACUUCCGCCAUGCUGCCCAUGCUGGCUGGUACUGGAGUUGGCCAGUUGCCCACGGACUUCAGCUGCUCAGAAAGGCCAGCUGGAAGCAGAGGUCAGCUAGGAGAGAUGCAGCGGGGAGGCAGGUCCCAAAGAACGACAUGAGACUUACUCUCAUGGGAGCUGGUAUUGUGAGAGUCAAUCACACGAAUGCUUUGUACCCUCCCCCUGCAGAGUCUUGUUCAGUAAAAAUCUACAUACACUGUGGUUCAGAAAAGUGUGGGAUCUAUUUCUCCAUUUUACC